GCUCGGUAUGGAUGGCGAAGUCCUGCGGGGAACCCUUGUGAACCCCUUGUCAUUAUUCGGUGUAUUUCUGCUAUGUGUCUUACAUUGGACUGAGCACGUUUCACAGGACUGCGAAUUAAAACUUGCUCGUCUUAUUAUCCUCUUUGUGGCUUGUUGCAGGAGUCUGGAGUCGGAAGAACCGAGUGGGACGAACGGGCUAGUCAUUCCAAGCAUUGGUAGGAAUUUCUGUACGCCUGUGGCCAUCGAAUCAUCGUCUGCUUAGUUAAUCUAGUGCCAUUGUGGACGGAACAGACAAUUACAAAUACACAAUGCUCCCAAGUGUUCAGUUAACCCUGAAAUGUAGGCCCUUGCCUGGCAUCUUGAUGGGAGAAACACGAUGGGGUGGACUUCACUCUUUUCUUUCGCAAUCAUAACGUCUCUGUUUACCACGGCACUAUGUGGACAUGGCCUCAUUGGUUAUGGUCAGUGGUGGUAUGACCCAAAAUGUUGCUACGCGUGUCGCGGUGUUAUCUCGUCUGCUCCGCUCGACUGUCCUGACGGAAGUAUGGGUGGUAUGGGUAUGGAGAUGGACAUGACCAUGGCGUCCCCAACUGCGCCUUGUAUAUCCGAGAACAUUGCUUUCCUAACGACGCUUGCGUAUUGCAUCAACUCGACGUGUCGGGAAGAUCAUGUGCCAACUUGGAAGAUCGAGAAAUAUUGGGCCGACCAAGCCACCGGCGACCCUUCCAUUCUACCGAGAUGGACUUACGGCGCCACUCUCGCGAACAUAACCCAAACUCCCACUAAGAUAUGGGCAAGCGGGCGGGUGCUUAAUUUUACCGCUCUCCUUCCCCCUAGCGACUACGAAUACCAAAAGUCCUUCGAUGACCUCUUCGACUGGGAAGAACAUACACAGUCGACAUACGUAAUCGUUAUUAUUACCGUCGGUG